AUGCAGGAAAUGUUUUCAAUGUAUAUUGAGAAUUGGCACCGAAUAUCGUGCAUCGAGUUGUAUAUUGAGUUCGAGCAAUCUGAAGCGGAUCGAAAUAUUGAGCUGGAAGAUUAUGAUAGUGAUAGCGAGGAGGAUUUUGAAAGUAACUAUGAGAUCGUUGGUCCAGGUGAAGACGAAGAUGGAGCUGACAACACCAUGAACGCAGAUGUGGCAGAGGUUGCUAAUGCACUAGCAAAUUCGCUUCCGUUUCAGGAGCCUUCUUUCACGCGGUCGUUGGACUUGAAAGCGAUGAAUGCACCGGAGUUUCCACAAUAUAUGAAUGAAGAGCUUCCUGUUAUGGCUGACGGUGAAUUUAUAGUGGGGAUGGAAUUCAGUUCAAAGGAGGAAGUAAUCAAGGCAAUGAAAGACUAUACCAUAUGUAGAGGUGUAGACUAUCGGGUUUAUGAGUCGGAACCGACGACAUUCUAUGCUAAAUGUACACAAUAUAGCAAAGGUUGUGAUUGGCUGAUCAGGGUUACCAAAAUGCAUAAGAAAUACUGUUGGGAGAUAAGGAGGUAUAAUAGUAGUCACACUUGUACCAGGUCGACAAUUUCUCAAGACCAUUCAAAACUGGAUUCCAAGACUGUUGCAGAAGCAAUUAAGCCGUUGGUAGAGGUUGACCCAUCUUUGAAGGUGAAAUCAGUCAUUGCAGAAUUCCAGUCGAAGUUUAACUACACCAUCAGCUAUCGAAAAGCUUGGUUAGCAAAGCAGAAGGCGGUUGAGUCAAUUUUUGGAGGUUGGGAGGCAUUGUAUGAAGCUUUGCCCAUAUGGUUUGAGGCCAUGUGUCACAAGGAGCCGUCAGCAGUGGUUCACUUUGAAACAAUGCCUGCGUACCAGGGGAAUGACUUGGUUCCUGAUAUCCGUGUACUACAUAGAGUCUUCUGGAGUUAUUACCCUUGUAUUAGGGCCUUCAGACAUUGCAAGCCAAUAGUGCAGGUGGACGAGACUCAUUUGUAUGGUAAAUACAAGGGUUGUUUGUUGGUUGCAAUCUCACAAGAUGGUAAUAACAACAUCGUGCCUAUUGCAUUUGCCAUAGUGGAGGGGGAGACUUCUGAUGCAUGGUACUUUUUUCUAAGUAACCUUCGUCAACAUGUGGUGACACGUGAUGGUGUCAGACUUAUCUCUAAUCGACACGAUUCUAUCAGGUUAGCUAUUGAUCGGAGUAAUGAGGCUUAG